AUGGGGAUUACAGAAUACAGGCUGGAGAUUUACACAUUUGGAAGUAAUAGUUCGAUGAAUGUGCUGUCCUCCACAUCACCACCGCUUGUCACCACCACCAGUCCUCCACAUCACCACCGCUUGUCACCACCACCAGUCCUCCACAUCACCACCGCUUGUCACCACCACCAGUCCUCCACAUCACCACCGCUUGUCACCACCACCAGUCCUCCACAUCACCACCGCUUGUCACCACCACCAGUCCUCCACAUCACCACCGCUUGUCACCACCAGCCAGCCGCCUCUACCCUGGCGCCCGAUAUCGCCGCGGGAUCGAUCCAUCGUAUCUGA